GGAAGGAAUAUAAUGGAGGGAGUGCGCCGUAUCUCGGCAAUGUAAAUUCUUGGCACCAGUGCAAGCACCUUUUAUUACUCUUUUCAAUUAGCGCGCCCUUCACCGCGCAUGCUUACUUUAAUAAUUUCAUCAGCCAGCACUGACCAGUGUCGUACGAUUCUGUUUUUGUCAUUUUCGCUUUUAACCUCGUGUUUAGUGUGAACGUUUUGUUUUGAAUUUGCGAUAAGCGUUUCAUGUUUAUUUAAAAACUUAAAAUGGUUAGUUGCAAAUUGUGUAAAGUUACGAGUGGCUCCAGGUCAACAAUUGGUAGAGAAAAAAUAACGUUUCACAGGUGUCCCCAGAAACCUGAAUUAAAGAAACUGUGGACAGACUUCCUUUAUCUUCACCUAGGAAAUUCUGUGUCUGUGAACAACUUUUUCCUGUGUUCAUUUCAUUUUGAAGAAAAGUGUUUUGAUAGAACAUCAGCCCAGAAAGUAGUUUUAAGACCACAUUCAGUACCAACUAUUUCUUAUACUUUUUUUUUUUUUUUAAUUUUUUUUUUAACGUUCCCCUACAGGCCGGUGGCCCAAUUACAGGGGAACGGGGGACAUACACAACACCCAGAGCCAGGCGGGAAUCGAACCCACGACCCAAGGUGUAGCAGGCAAACACGAAGCUACCUAACCCACCCGGGUCCUCCUUAUGAAGAAAGGAUUACCAAUGUAGUGACCUUUAGAGGCAAUGAAACGCAUCACACAGAAGUUUGUGACGCACCUACGGUAGAGCCUCAACAGAAUAUAGAAGAUGAAUUGUCUAAUAAAGUUUUUGAAAUUACAAAGAAACUUGAAAAUUUAACAACAAAAACAUGUGCAAACGUUUUACUGAAACAACAAAUUAACAACCUGAAGACAUUAGUGUCACAACAACAAUGCACUAUUAAAACGUUAAAACGCAGAACCUCAAAACAGCAACGCAAAAUUUGUAAUCUGAAAGAUGUUGUUUCAAGUUUAAGGAAGAAAAUCAACUAUUAUGAAAACAACAGUUUGGAUGUUAAUAAAUUUCAGGAAAAUACAGAACUGUUGAGCAGAAUGUGGGCUAAAAUUAACAACAAACCAUUGCCAAAUCAAUAUGGGCCAGAAAUAAGAAAAUUUGCCGUUACAACACAUUUCUACUCCCCAAAGGCUUUUUCUUUUAUAAGAAAACAAUUCAUGGACUGUCUUCCACACCCAAAAACUUUGUCUGUAUGGUAUUCUUCAGUGAAUGGUGCACCAGGUUUCACAAGUGAGGCAUUCGAUGUGUUAAAAGCAAAGGCUGAAGAACGUAAAAUUGUGUGUUCUUUAGUGUUCGAUGAAGUUGUUAUUAAACGUUGCAUUGAAUAUGAUGGGCAACAAUAUUAUGGAUAUGCUGAUAUGGGUAGUAUAAUCGAAGUAAAUGAAAAUGAAGAGGCCAAAGAAGCUUUAGUUUUCAUGCUGGUUGCUAUAAAUGGCUCUUGGAAAAUCCCCAAAAGUAUCAAACCUUUAGUUGAAACGAACUCAUCUUUGUAG